AUGAAAACUGUUACAGACCAGAUACAAAAGUACAAACUACCAGUAGUAGCACUACAAGAACUACGGUGGCCUGGCAAUGGCAAUGUAAAAUCUGAAAAUUACAUUAUUUUCUAUAGUGGAUCGGAGAAUGAAGAGUAUUUCUGGGAUAUUGUGAUAAUAAACUGCUAUGCUCCAACUGAGCAAGAAAACAACGACAUAAAAUGUGAAUUCUACGAAGAACUAGAAAGAAUAUAUGACACCCAACCUAGAAACUGCAUAAAAAUACUAAUGGGGGAUUUCAACUUCCAAAUCGGACGAGAGUCUUUGUAUAGACCUACAAUAGGACUGGAAAGUUCGUACUUAAUAUCGAAUAAUAAUGGCAUGAGAGUAAUCAAUUUUGCAAAAAGACCUAAGGACCUGGUAGUAAGUAGCACGUUUUUCCCAAGAAAUGAUAUUUUUAAGCACGCAUGGAUAUCUCUGGAUGCAAAAACUAAGAACCAAAUCGACCACGUUAUAAUUAAUAGAAGACGGGAAGCAGAUGGUGACUCCGAUCACUAUCUAGUAAUCACGAACCUCGUGUUUAAGUUGUCAGUGAGCUGGAAGAAGAAAAAACAACAUAAGCCAAGAACUAAAAAAUUCAGCGCCGAUAAAGCAAAAAACCCAGCAGAAGUCGAAGCAUACCAAAUUAAUUUGGCUGACAUACUUGAUAGAGAAAGUGUGCCACAGAAUGACAUUGAAGAAAUAUGGGUAAAUAUCAUAGAAUCAGUGAAUGAAACCGCAGAAAACUUACAAGUCUUGGGAUUGAAGAAAAAUAACAAGUGGUUUAAUACAGAAUGUCACGAAGUAAUCAGGGAGCGCAACUUAUGCAGGAUUAACACGUUACAAAAUGCUACACAGGAGAACAUACAUGCCUAUCAAAAUGCAAGGUCUCAAGCAACCAAGCGUCUGGAAUGGGCCGGUCAUGUGUGGCGAGCUGAGGAAACCAUAAUUCAAAAAGUGCUGAUUAAUAACCCAACUGGCAAGCGUCUCAGGGGAAGACCUCUUCAACGAUGGCGGAAUAGAGUCAAUGCAGAUAUAAGAAUGGUGGACGGAGCAGCAACUUUCGAGACUUCAAUUGAUCGUGACAGGUGGAGAGGUUUAGUAGAAGCUGUAAAAGGCCUUUAUGGCCCAUAA